AUGGGCUACACAACUUAUUGGAGGAAACUCUCAGCUUCACAGCUCAAUAUCGCUAUUCAGGCUUUCUCCCUGAUCUCCAUUUUCUUUGAAGGCUAUGACCAAGGUGUGAUGGGCGGUGUCAACAGCUCGCCGCGCUACGUCGAGGAAGUGGGCAUUGGUAACUCAGAUGGCAAGAUCACCGAUACCUUACACGAAGGUGGUAUCGUCUCUAUCUACUACCUUGGCUGUAUAGUGGGCAGUUUUGUAGGCGGGUGGUUAGCCGAUCGCAUUGGUCGCAUUAAUGGUCUUUGGAUCGGUGCUGUCUUUGCUCUAGUCGGUGGUGCUCUUCAGGCUGCUACGCAAUCCUCCGAUUUCAUUCUCGUUGCUCGCAUAGUUACUGGCCUUGGAACUGGUGCACUUACCGGCAUCACCCCUGUGCUCGUUUCUGAGACCUCUUCGGCUUCCCAUCGCGGUGGUUUUCUUGGAUACGUUUUCAUCGCCAACUACUUGGGCAUCUCGGUUGCCUACUGGCUCUCAUUCGGCCUUGCUUUCAUAAACAAUGGCUACUCUGAUAUACGCUGGCGAUUCCUACUGGCAUUUCAGUGCAUCCCAGCCCUACUCCUCCUUCUUGGAAUAAAGGCGCUUCCAGACUCUCCCCGUUACCUUGCAUCCGUUGGUCGUUAUGACGAUGCGCGCGAGGUUCUUACCCAUGUUCGCGGCGGCUAUACACCUGAUGUUGAGCAAGAAUUCCUCGAAAUUGUCGCUGUGGCCAAAGAGAGUAAGCCCAGCUCCCCUGUGGAGUUCGCUAAAAUUCUCAUGGGUCGGAGUGGCAAGCCUGGCGCUCACUUGGGCCGCCGCGCCUGGCUCUGCUUGUUACUGCAGAUUAUGGCUUCUUGGAGCGGUAUCACUGCUGUCACCGCAUACUCUCCCACGUUGUUACGGGCUGCGGGCUACUCCACACUUACCCAGAAUGGCUUGGCUGGUGGUCUCAACACCGUUGGCAUUGUUGGAACAAUCAUCUCUGCUAAUAUUGUGGAUCGCCUCGGACGCCGCAAGUGUCUGAUGCUGGGCUCGUUUGGGCUUUUUGCUGUCAACCUGAUCGCUGCCUCGCUAUACGAAGCGUCUCGGUCCCAGCCUCAAAAUGCAGGGUCAUUUGCGCCUGCGGCCGUCGCCAUGCUAUUCCUUUUCAAUCUAAUUUACGCGUCAACCUGGGGCACCGUCGCUUUCUUGAUCCCUACUGAGAUCUGGAGCUCCGAUAUGCGCGCACAAGGAAACGGGUUCGGUAUCACAGGCUGGGCUAUCGGCGUUGGUAUGACCGUCCUAGUCAACCCGGUCAUGUUCGCGAAGCUAGAAAACCGCACGUACUUCCUUUUUGCUGGUCUUAACUUACUCUGGAUCCCCGUCGUAUACCUCUUUUACCCGGAAACCGCGGGUCGCUCCCUCGAAUCUAUUGGGGCCCUCUUCUCGACGGGUAGCCCUUUCAACUGGCACAUGGAACAGGCCUACCGCAACCAAGGCGAGUUGCUGGAAAAGAAAGGCGUUCCUGAUGUCGAACACUCGGAUUAUUUUGAUAAAGACAAGGCUCUCGAGCUUGAAUCUGUUUGA